UGUCUCUUUUAAUCUUUUUUUAUUUUUGUGCAUACGAUUUCCACCCGAUAAUCUUUUCCUCGAUGCAGGCGCGAUCAGCAUGUUAUCAAGAUAUUGCCACAUCACGCUUUAUACGCAGAUCAUCGGUUAUUUGCUUGAUUUUACAGAUAGACGGCAAGAAAAAGUCGUGAAUGCAGACGAAAGGUGAUGCUUUUAAAAUACCAUUCCAACUUCCAAUCUCAAACAGGGUUAUGUCAGCGGCUCACAAUCGGACAUGUUGCAUCCAUAUCCCGUUGACGGUUGUUAAUCGCAUAGGACAACUAUCAAGCAAAUGUCGGGGAUGAAAAGUGGCAACCUCCCAUGGCAACUACCCAAUCACGUACCAUAUCUUGCACGUUAAUAAGCUUUACUGCUUUGCAUUGAUCACGCGUUCGAUGCAAAGAUGAUAGUAUUCUAAUCAGGUGAUUGGAAACGUUUCUGGUGCCACGAGUUAAGGAGUAACGUGUUCGUCAAUAAACUCGACUUCACGACAACAAAGUCACAAAUCGUUGCGGAAUCAUAGGUACAAUUCAUGCCAGUGCGAUCGCACGCAACAUUAUAUUAGCCUAGGGUUGGUAAGCCUAUUCUCGUUCUUCGUUCAAAGUUCAACGAACAUUGACGCUUAAUCAGAAGAGAGCAAGGAAAAACGACCUCAUUAGUUACAUAUACAGGUCGCUCGGUGAUAAUUCCAUUUGUUAUCCGUUACAAUUCAAAAGCAUAUAAAGAGCUACAGACAGUUGUUUACCAAUAGGGUUCUUCGCGUCGAAUAGUCUCGAAAUUCCAAUUAUCGAAUUUGUUUGGCAAAACAUCAGCUCAAAACAUGAGUCGUGGACCUGUCUUUUGGGGGGUCAUCGGCAUAAUAGGUGCCAUCAUUGGAGUGGUUUGUGCAGUUGGACUUCCUUUUCUCGUCAGUUUCAUAGUUGAUCAGCAACUGAGACUUCAGCCUGGCACGAUUAUGUACAACUUUUGGGAAAAUUCUCCAGUCCCGAUGUACAUCCGUUUCUACAUGUUCAAUGUAACAAACAGUGAAGAUGUCCUUAAUCAUCAAGCAAAGCCCAUCGUUGAAGAAAUUGGGCCUUUUACCUACACUGAAGUGCACGAACGCGUGAACGUGGAGAGGUAUGACAAUUUCACUCUCAAGUUCCAGCAGAAGAGAUAUUGGCAGUAUGUUGAAGAAAUGAGCAAUGGUUCUUUGGAUGGCCUCAUCACUAACCUUAACGUUCCUCUUUUGAGUGCAGCCAAUGCAAUACGAUAUAAGCCACAAUUCAUUAAAUUUGGCUUCAAUGAAUUUGUCGACAGAACCAACACCGAAAUUUUUGUGACAAAAACUGUGAACGAACUCUUGUUCGCUGGCUAUUCAGAUGCUUUACUGAAUUUUUCCCAGCUAAUUCCACCAGGCUAUCUUGAUAUUCCCCCCGGAUAUGACAAAUUUGGCUGGUUUUAUAACCGCAAUGGAUCAGAAACAUAUGACGGCGUGUUUAAUAUUUUUACCGGCGUGGAUGAUAUCAGUAAACUUGAUGUGAUGGACAUGUGGAACUAUACCCGCCAAACCAAGUAUUACGAAUCAUAUUGCGGAAUGGUCAACGGAUCCUUUGGUGAAGGGUGGCCGCCAAGAAGAGAGCGAACAAGCAUCGAAAUGUAUUCAACCGAUCUAUGCAGGUCCAUUACCUUGGAUUAUACGCAAGAUGUUUCGAAAAAGGGUGUGACAUUUUAUCGAUUUGCUGGUACAGAACGAAUGUUUGCAAGUGUACAGGAAAAUCCCGAAAAUUGGUGUUUUUGGUCGGGGGAUGUCUUUAAUCUGUCAGGAGUCACUAACUCGUCAACCUGUCGCUACGGAUCUCCUGCCUUUGUUUCCUUUCCUCACUAUUAUUUGGCGGACUCCUUCCUACAAAAUCAAGUAGAUGGAUUGAAUCCCCACCAAGAUCUACACGAAUUCCAUGUCGAUCUUGAACCGCGCACAUCGGUUCCGUUACAAGUCAACGCCCGUUUCCAAAUCAACAUUUUAUUAGAGUCCAUAAAAGGCAUACGCAUCCUCAAAAACGUCACACAAGUCUACAUGCCAGUGAUGUGGUUCGGUGUAACUGCCGACUUGACUGACAACUUGCUGGGCUGGAUUCAUUUCACCUUGAUAGGACCGUACAUCGGAUCCUUUUGCUUCUUCUUGCUUUUUGUCGCUUCUAUGGUUGUAGUUGCAAAAAGUGGAAUCAAGUAUGCCAAAAUGAAAAAAAAUACAACCCAAAAAAGAGGUGACAAUAAUGGAAGAUAGCGAUACAUAAAGUAAACAAUGUAAUUUCGAAACUUGGACGUCAAUAAAAAAGAAAAU